UGGGCGGGGCUUGCAACGAGGGGCGGAGCUCGUGGUAAACGGGGCGGGGCUUGAAAGCCCAGGCGACAAUGGCGGGCCAGUUCGAUCCCGUGCAGCGCGAGAUCCACCAGGACUGGGCGAAUCGCGAGUACAUCGAAGUGAUCUCCAGCAGCAUCAAAAAGAUCGCCGACUUCCUCAACUCGUUCGACAUGUCGUGCCGUGCCCGCCUCGCCGUGCUGAACGAGAAGUUGACGUCACUCGAGCGACGCGUGGAGUACAUCGAGGCUCGGGUGACCAAGGGGGAGACGUUGACUUAGCAGACCUUCACCACGUGUCACCCUCGCCACACCGAUCCUCACCGUCCCAUCUGCCCUCUGCGGCGGUGCCCCUCCUUCUUCCUCCGUGUCCGUUUCCUCCCCCACCACGCCGAUAACACUACUACUCACCACUACCCACCACUACCCACCACUACCCACCACUAACCACCACUGCUCACCGCUCGCUGUCCCUUCACCAUUGCCUUAAACGCAAAGCCUUGUCUGCAGGCCGGGAGCAUGUCCACGUCCGCCAUGGCACGCACCGCGGGUCUCUUUGGGCGCCAGUCAUCAAUUUCGAUGUCGCUCCUUAAAGCUCACUAUGCGCGCCUCGACUCGCGGUUUUAAGGAAUCGCACGUUUGACAUGCGUGUAUGUUGCACGCAAUGGGUUUGUGUGACCCCUGCAGCCACAAGAGGCCAGUACAUUCACUAUAGUGUAAACAAACUAAUUAUGGUUGAUUCAGAUGUAUUCUCUGAAUCCUGAGGACUUGUCGGAUUGCAGGGCGGUGAACUUUUACACCCCGAGCACGUCUCGGUGUUGUGGCCCAUUGCUCCCGCUGGUGUCACCCUGGGGGCCUGUCGUGACACACAGAGGGGCCACCUGUUGUUGGGUUUGACUGCGUCCGGUGCCUGAUGUGGCGAUUUUUGUACAUUGAGCGUUUGUUAUUUUUAUUCCACUGCCUUCCCAUGUUGGGUUCCAACGGCGCUGCCACGUCACCAUGAGACGAACAGAUCUUCGUUUCUAAAUGUUCCAGCGAGCAGCGCACCACCUUGUGUCACAACGACCCUGGAAGUUGACGUCACAGAUGACUUAUUAAUACAAACUUCAGCUGCAUUUAUUUUUCAAUACGCCGUGCAAUGAGUGUUCCGUCAAACCUGUCAGAGCCUGGAUUUUGCCAAAUUUAGUUGAAAACUCCCAAUUUGUAUUUGGUUUCUUGUGAAGUCAUUGGUGACCAGGCCAAGACAGUCAAGUCACUGCUCACUACUGUGUGCGAGUUCCCCUUCCAAAUACGUGUUUUUUUUAUAACAUUGUAAACUUUCUUUGCGUGUGAGUUUAUAUCUGUGCUUUUUUUUUUAUUACCAAGACAAAACCACUAACCCCUACCCCGAGGGUACAAAUACAAUGUGGAGACCAAAUGUUCACUGUGGGGAACAUAUAUCCAAUUACAUCAGCUCGAUGUGUCUGACAAAGCCAUUGCGAACCACCCUCCGAUCCACCCGGCCACGUUAAUUGCCCGUGGCGCACGUGAGUCCGUGUCGGGUUUUCUUUGCCCGUGGCGCAGUGUGGGGAUGACGGGGAGGGCUUUGCCGAGGGCAGCAUUUAAAUGUUAACUUUGCGUUCGAAAUUAUUGACAAAAAUAGUCGACCGUCUAUGAAAGGAUCCGCGAUAUCGGUUCAUCCGUACCACAGUGGAUAAGAGUUGUGUAAAACACGCCUACUCGAUUGGCACCAGCCGGGAGCAACGCCACCUAUUCCCCCUCCGCCCCCUUUGCCCCUACGCUCGUCACCGCGUGUUCUCAAUUAAGGUGCCCCACCCCCCCCCCCCCCCCCCGUGUCACGAAUAAACGUCGCAUCCUUGA